AAUGGAAAGUCUUUUAAGCGAUGAGGAAAAAGGCAAUUUGAGUACAAUGCAUUGUGUACCAAAACAGCAGUGAAGGAGCUUUCUUGAGUUUAAUAUAUGCUCACUAGAUGGUGUAAUCAUUACUGCUUGAUCAAAACAUUGUGGGAAAGUUGUUUUGCCAGAAAACAAGGCACAGAAAGCGGCAGGAAUAGCUUACCUUCAGAAAUUUUCACCGCAAUCAUUGUUCUGAAUGGAUUCAUAAUGGGAGAUGCUAGUAAAUUUACAGGACGAAUCACUCUGUUAGUCUGCAUACUGAGUCUGCUUUUUUCAAAAAUAGUUGCCAAAAGACCCAGACCAGUAAGAUGUCCUGAAAGUUGUAUAUGUACCGAAGAAACAGCCCAAUGUUACAACAGAAAAUCGAUUCCUCUGAGUUUUCCCUCAGGAGUAGUUAAUUUGUCAUUCAUGAACUCUGCUUUCCACGAAAUACCAGAAAGAAGCUUUAUGAAUUUAAAGUCGCUCCAGCUUCUUUUGUUCACUUCAAACACAUUUUAUUUUAUUGCCAAUGAUGCAUUCAAGGGACUCGAUCGCCUAGAAUAUCUCUUUAUAGAAAAUAAUAAAAUCCAGUCCAUUUCAAGACAUGCUCUCCGAGGACUUGAGACUCUAACUCAUUUAAGUUUGGCCAAUAAUAACCUUCAAGCCCUUCCUAAAGACUUAUUCAAAGACCUGGAUGCAUUAACCAAAGUAGAACUUAGCGGCAAUUCAUUCCACUGUGGUUGCAAAUUGAAAUGGCUGGUUGGAUGGUUGAUUAGCACCAAUGCAACAGCUGAUGAGGUCGUUUGUGAAAAUCCAGUUCAGUAUAAGGGAAGGAAGAUAACCAGCCUCCCGCUUAAUGAAUUUGACUGCAUAACCGCAGGUUUUGUUCCUUACCAGACCCUGAAAUUUCAGUCUAUAUCAAUUGAAAGCUUUAAUUACAUGAAUGAUAUAUAUGUAGUGAUUACGCAACCUUUUGCUGGGAACUGCAGCAUAUUUGAAUGGGAUCAUGUGGAAAUGGUAUUUCGGAAUUUCGACAACAUUACUGGCAUUUCAACAGUUUUCUGUAAACCAUUGAUUGUCGAGGGUAAGCUGUUUGUUGUUGUUGCCCAGCUCUUUGGUGGCUCUCACAUAUAUAAAAGAGAUACUUUUGCCAAUAAGUUUAUUAAAACACAGGAUAUUGAUAUCUUAAAAAUCAGAAAACCAAAUGAUAUUGAAUCAUUUCAAAUUGAGGGAGAAUCGUUCUUCGUUAUUGCUGAUAGUUCAAAGGGCGGAACGACAACCAUCUACAAAUGGAAUGGAAAUGGAUUUUAUUCUCAUCAAUUAUUGCAUCGUUGGUACAGGGAUAUAGAUGUGGAGUACAUUGAAAUAGCUAACAAGGCACAUUUAAUCCUGUUAAGUAGCUCCCAACGACCUGUGGUCUUUCAGUGGAACAAAGGAAAGAAAGAAUUUGCUUGGCGCAUUGAUAUUCCUGAUACAGAAGAUGUACAUGCAGUCAAGCAUUUUAAAAUCAAAGAUAGUUUGUACAUUUGCUUAACAAGAUUCCUCGGUGACUCUAAGGUAAUGAAAUGGGAAGGCUCCAUGUUUGUGGAAGUACAGUCGUUUCCAUCGAGAGGAUCCAUGGUACUGCAGCCUCUUCAAAUAAAUAAAUGGCAAUAUGCUUUCCUGGGAAAUGACUUCUCACUCACCCAGAUUUUUCAGUGGAACACAGAAAAAAGAAAAUUUGUGAAAUUUAAUGAAACUUUUUUCUUGGCUCCAAGGGGAUUCACUUUUGUAUUAGCAGACAACCGUGAGUUUUUGUUUGUAUCAAGUUUCAAAGCCAAAACACAAAUAUAUGAACACAUUAUAAUUGACACAAGCCAGACCUAAAAAGGCUGACCAAGAUCUAUUUCAUGGAACUAUGCAUAUAAAUGAAUAUUUUAAGUAAGUUACCGCAGAGUUUUGUACUGUUCUAUUUUUUUGUUGUACUCAACACUGCAAGGAAAUCAAUAAUUCCCAUUACCCUACAAUAAUUUUACAGUUAAAUAACAUUUUAGCUCUUAGCAAAUUGUCACUCUGAAUGAACCUAACAUAUUCAAUUGAUACCUUUGUGCAUAGUCACCUCAGUUGUCUGAGUAACUUUUUGGAUCAUUCUGCUAAUAUAUCCUCAUUUCAAAUUAGUUUGUUUUACUUCAUGAAAUUAUGUUCUGAUAUAGAAACCUAGAGGUUAAUAAAACCAUUAGUGAAGCAUGCCCAAAUUAUUGAUCAGAUAAUUUAUGAUUUCAAUUUUCCACUGUAUGAAAUAAAACUGUAGGACAUAUUGUUCAAAUGACUGUGUUUAAUGAAAUUAGAAAUUUGCCCCUAGCAAUAAGAUCUUGUGUUAUACUGAGAUCUUUGUGUGGUACAUGAUUCAAUUUUAAUGGAAAAUCUCUGCGAAGGAAAAACAUACACUUAAUGUAAGUUCCAAGAAGCCUGUGCCUUUACUUCCAUGUACAUGUACCCUCCCCCUUCUUUGCAGGCAUCCCAGGAAAUGGCUCGUUAGCCCCGGCUGGCAGUCUCCCAACAACUUGGCGCCGAAAGAUCCAGUGCUCUCGGGCUGCUUAUGUGUGGGGAGUGCACACUCUAGUCCUGCCAAGUCCAUGAGAUUGGGACAUCUGUC